UUGUUUAUGGUGGAGAUUGGUUAACCACAUAGAGAUUACUGUUACUUUAAUCUAUAUAUUAUUAUAGGAUAGAAUUGUUGUCUCAAAUUGCAAUGUUCUCUUGCUUUCAUAUCACUAUUUUUGAAGUGGGUGAUGUGGUACUUUUGGAUGAGAACAAAGAUGUUGGUGCAUCUAACUGUCGCCUUCUUGGUGCCUUGUAUUGUGGUGCUAACUCAGGUUUUGAGCUAAUUCAUGGACUCCUUGACCGAGUUAUGGAAAUCAUGGGCUCCCCUUUUGUCCCUGUUGGUGAUAAUACAGGGUAUUUCAUUCAGUGUUCAGAAGAACCUGAAUUUCUAGCCGGCAGACAAGCCAGCAUUGUUUACAAAGGAAGGCGCAUUGGUACCUUUGGGAUUGUGCAUCCAGAGGUCUUGAACAAUUUUGACAUCCCCGAUCCGUGCUCCUUCUUGGAACUUAACAUAGAGAGUUUCUUGUAGGGUUUUUCCAGACAGCUGACGUUAGUUUCUUCUACAAUUCUUCUUUGUUUUCUGCUUCUUGAUAAGUUUGAAGAAAUUAUAAGUUAAUUGCAAAUAAUUUUUUCAAUCUUAUUUCUAUAGUAGAUUGUUUUAUUUGUAUUUUUAUUUUUAACUAGACAUCAUGGCAAAGGAUACAUUUUCCCUUUCCAUUAUUCCAGUUUUUCUCCCUGUUAUCAUAUUCAAUGGAAAGUCACAUUUUUGUAUUGAGAAUUUGGAUUUUUUUUAAAAAAAAAUGAAUAUAACACCUCUUAAUUU